AAUACGAUAAUUCUGGUGGUUCGGUACGACAAUAUGGGCUAGAAAAGUUAACAUCACUGAUCUCGAGCAACUGCAAUCUUGCGGCCCCGGUGCAUCAAGAUCAAAACAAGAUCGCCGCACCGGACAGCGGACACGGCACACUGAUAUUUUGAUGAGAUGCUGCGUUCCAUGGUGCAGGGACUGGCAUGCCUGCGACUGCAUGGUGCUGGCCCAGCCGAGUGUGGUGCCUUGAGGGAGGCAGUGCAAAGCAGCGGGGCAAUGGCCAGGGCUCUCCCACAGCCUCUUGUCCAGCCUGUUCGGACCACCUUUAUCUUAAAACGCAAAAAGCGGCCUCACUUGGUGAAGGCUGACAAGCCUUUAGGGAGCAGGAAGCUGAAAGCUCGCCACUUCCUGUACGACCUGGUGGAGGACACCAAUGUCAGGAAGAAGGAACCCAUUAGGCUCAUCCUCAAGACCUCAGUGGAAGGGCUUGGAUCACGAGGAGAAGUGGUUGAGGUCAGCCCCUAUAAGGCCAGGAAGGACCUGCUGCUGCCUGGCCUGGCUGUGUAUGCUUCGCCGGAAAACUUGGACAAGUAUUCAAAAUUGAUGGUGGACACAUCUCAGGAUGAUCAGCCAUCGUCACCAUUUGCUCUCAGUACGGCCAAGCUGUUGUCUGAGAUGAUCAUCAAUGUCAGCAUGAACAAGACCAACCCAUGGGUGAUGGAGCCGUGGCACGUCAAGGUCGCCUUCCGCAAGGUUGGGGCAAUGGUGCCUGAGGAGGCCAUCACCAUGCCCCCCCACCCCAUUGCUGGGCCUGAUAUGGCCCUACAAGGGAAGGCCUUUGUUGUCAAGAUAAAGAUCAACAAUAAGGAGGAGGCGGCUGUGUGGUGCCGCGUCAACCACUACCCAACCGACCCGUUGGACCGCUCGUCAUUCCAGAGUCAUUACUGGGAGCUGCUGCCAGAUCCUAUCUUCCCAGAGCAGGCUGCCCUGCUGGAAGAACUGUUUGCCAUGUACCAACAAAGGGCUGCUGCUAAGGAGAAGCAAUAAAAGCAGAGUGUGGCACUGCGGGUUUUGUGUGUUUGCCUAACCCCUGUUGUGUUCGGCAGGACAGAAACUCUUCACUUUGGACUGGUUCUGUCUGACAGCCUCAGCUACACUGCUUCCAGGAGAUGUAAAGCACAGGCUGUGGAGGAACAGAGACAAACUAACCUGGACUAUCCUGAUACACUGAAGAUAAACAGUGGCACAUCCUGCAGAUGAGUGUUACAGUGAACCUUGAGGUGAGCCACAGCUCUCAUUAUGCUUUAACACAUACAGGACUGCAGUAAACUAGUAUCGCUUAUUAAGGCUUUGUGUGUCACUUGUAUAUCAGUGAAUGUUUAGGUUGAAAAGCUGAACCUCUUAUGAAAACUCUGUAUUGUAAAUCUCCUGGAGAUCAAUCAAGUGGAAGAAGUACUACAUUUCCAGACAUGUUAAAUAGCUGUAAUUUUAGUAGUGGUGGGUGAUGCAGGGCCCUGCAGCCUUGUAUUCAUAAUGGUGUACAUUGUGCCUGUACAGUAAAUCUUUUAUCAAACA